AUGGCCAAUCCGCGUUGUGAACGAGGUCCAGAGGACGUCACACUGGGACGUUCGAGCUCUCGGCGACACAGCCAGCUGGAGGCUGCCUUCGGAGGGGACGCACACUUUUGCGCCCUAGAAACGUUGGGUGAAACAAAAAAUGCAGAAAGAGAAAAUGAGUCUACACACACGCUCUCUGAAGAUAUAUAUAGCACUCAAGACAGUUUGCUAGGGGAUAUCAACCUUGGGAAUUACUCAGAGGGUGUACAGAAUCAACCAGCUAACACUAGGGUUUCUUCCUCAAGACAAUUUGAACCCAUUUGCAAAUUUCACUGGAUAGAAGCAUUUAAUGAUGAGAUGAUAUUUCAAGACCUGAGCGAGGCCUUUUCUUCCUUGGAGAAGCCUGAGCUGCAAAGCCAUGAGUAUAAUACAGUGGACGCCGGUGAGAAGCCCUACGCACUUGAGGGAGAGAAUCCGUUGGAAACUAGGAUUUCCGAAAACCAAGACCAACUUGUUCAUGAGCACGUCAGGAAAUCUAGAAGUCUGUCUCUAAACUACUACAGAGGAGAGACGCAGCCGUUGAUGGAAAAGUCGCUGGCUAGGAGCACUGUCGUAGAUGUCGCCUUCCACACCAGUCAGCCUCAAAGCUUUCUGCGUAGAGAAAAUGGCUGUGCUAGCGGUGAAAGUUCAUUUGAUACUGAGGAUUGCUUAGGCCUGCUUGACUUGAGAACUGAUAAUGAAAUAGAGGAGCCUGAAGUUUCUUCCAAAGAAAUACAGCAUUCUGGGGAGAUUUCCGAGACGUCCGGUAGUCACCAGCAGCAAGUCACAGAGGACGGUGUAGACAGCCUGGCCAUAACUCCUUGGUCUCCAGCGGGCAUCUCCAAGAGUAGAUCUCAGGACAACUGCACGAUGCCUGAUAGGGAGCUAAGCCUUGAAAGCUUGGAGCCCCUGGAAGAGGACAUGGCUUUAAAUGAAGCCUUGCAGAGAUUAAAACAGAUUAACAAGAAACAGGAAAUGCAGAUCCAAGAGCUCCACGGUAGGAAUUUGUACUUAGAAAACAGGGUUAAAGAACUACAGACGAAGGUCACCAAACAGCAAGUUUUUGCUGACAUCAUAAAUAAACUAAAGGAGAACAUUGAGGAGUUAAUUGAUGACAAAUACAACGUACUCCUGGAGAAGAAUGAUAUCAACAAGAAAUUCCAGGAUCUGCAGGAGGUUUUGGCUAACACCAAAAAGCAUCUUCAGGAAACCAAGAAAGACAAGGAGACCUUGCAGCUCCAGGUUAAAAAGAUCAAGAUCCAUUAUGUCCAUUUACAGGAAAGGUACGUCGCCGAGAUACAGCAGAAAAACAGAUUGGUCAGUCAGUACCUAGAGAUAGAGAAGACCCUAAGCAAGAAAGACGAAGAGCUGCAAAGACUGCAGCGACACAAAGGAGAGCUGGAGAAGGCUACCAGUUCCGCUUUGAACUUGUUGAAAAGGGAAAAGGAGACCCGCAAACAAGAGAUCUUGUCUUUUCAGGAGGAAUUCCAGAAGCGGGAAAAGGAGUACCUGAAAGAAAGGCGGAAAUUGAAAUCAAGAGUUGAGAAGCUGACGGCCCAAGUGAAGAAUUUGCUCUUCACCUGUGAGAAGGAGAGGGCUAAAACUACGAAGUUCCAGCAGCAGGUGGAUGAGCUGGGAGAGGAAAACAUGGGGCUCUGGCAGCAGUCUGCAAAGGGGGAGGUGCACACUUGCACCCCUAACUUUGAGAUAAUUCAGUCAAGAGAGCAGCUGGAGGAAGCGAUGGAGCCAGAUGGCACCCAGGAUAUCACCAAUCCUGACGCCGAACAUUGCCAAGAUAGUAAGAAAACUAAUGACAUAAUGCUGCAAAAACUGAAGAGCCUUCAGCUUCAAAAGAGAGAUUUAGAUAAAGAGUUAUUGAAACAUAAAAAUAGAAUUGCAACUCUUAAAGAGUUAAUUGCUAAUGAAAAAGCACUUCAGCAUCACACUCUUGAGGUCACAAAUUUUGAUGUGGACGAAGCCAGGAAUGCCAGAGAUGCACCUGUGUUAUUGGCAGUCAAACUGGAUAAAUACCACAAUCUAAAUGAGGAGCUUGAUUUCUUGAUCACAAAGUUGGGGGGCCUUCUAGAGAGCAAAGAAGACCACUACAGCAGACUCAUCGAGGAGAAUGACAAGUACCGGAGACAUGUAGGCAGCUUAAUAAAUAAGGUAACAUCAUAUGAAGAAAUUAUCAAGUGUGCUGAUCAAAGACUUGAGAUAUCCCAUUCUCAGAUUGCACAUUUGGAAGAGAGAAACAGACAUUUGGAAGAUUUAAUUAGAAUGCCUAAAGAGAAAGCCAGAAGGCCAAGCACAGAUGACAACACAAAACCCUUCACUAAGUGCUCCCAUGUUUUGAGAUUACAGGCACGUUCCACCUACCAAGUUGCAAGUUAG